CUUUUAUGCAUCGCUGCGGCCGUCAGUUGCCAGAACCAUUUCCCGAUUCGCCCACUUCACCAAAGUGCACACCGCCAUGGGCAUCAACCUCAAGAAGAUCUUCCGUCACGACGUCGACGAGCAAAAGCCCAAGGGCAAGCUCUUUGGCCGCAAGAAGGCCCUCUCGGUCCCGAUGGACCACGACGAGACGGCGAGCGAGAGUGAAAUGAGCCCCCGCGUGCCGCACAAGUCCAACUCGUUCUCCGACUCGUCGGACGACGACAUUGACACCAAGCUGCGUCUCUUCAAGGAGCUCUUGAUCCAACACGACAUUCUUGUCCACGGCGACCAAAACAAGUUUGUGCGCAAGCUCAACACGCUCAUGAAGAAGCACCACCCGGUGGUCGAGAUCCCCGACUGCUACAAGGAGACCCGCGCGACGUCCGCACUCGUGUCGGGCAAGAUGAUCCCGAUGACGAUGCACAUGGUGCGCAACAAGCGCCGCCCGCGCUGGAACGAGUACCCGCUGCGUCCGAUCACGGAGAGCAAGAAGGAAGAGUAGACGCGAUCGUAGUGUUAGUCAUAGUAUUUAUUAUUAUUCUCUCGCUUGGCCGCCGACCGCGGUCAUCGUAAGAAACCAUACUUAUUCCCCGAGUGCUUCA